AUGGACGCCGUUUCGUCGCCUGUGGUUCAACUUGUCGCUACCAACACCAGUGAGCAGCUGAGACGGGAAGAUGCGGGUGCGGUGACACAGCCUGCCAGUGGUGGUGAGAGGAAAAACUCACCUUCGGCUGAGACGAAGGCCCUGGGCCGGGAGAAUGAUCUUGACUUCCGCGGUGAGCGAGGAUCAGACAUCCAUCACAACAAUCGAGUGCCCAUCGCUCUCGACGUUGAGGAUGCCGGUGGCGAUCUCAUUCGGUCGCCGCUGGAUGAUUUCCCAGAGGGCGGACUGCAAGCCUGGCUUGUGCUGAUCGGAGCAUUUCUCUGCCUGUAUGCGUCCUUCGGGUUCAUGGUUUCCAUCGGGACGAUCCAGGAAUAUCUCCAGACGAAUCAGCUAUCGCAUUACACGGCUCGCGACGUGGGUUGGAUCCCGUCGGUCUUUGUGUAUCUGGCCCUGGGCCUUGGGAUCUGGGUUGGACCGCUGUUUGAUCGAUACGGGCCUCGUUGGAUCGCCCUCGGCGGGAGUAUCUGCUACAUCGCCAUGAUGUUUCUGCUGGCAGAGUGUAAGAUCUAUUGGCAUUUUCUUCUCUGCUUGGGCGUGCUGGGAGGCAUAGGCGGCGCCGCGUUGUGCACGACCGGCCUGGCUGUCGUGAGCCAUUGGUUCAAGAGGAGACGUGGCAUGGCUCAUGGGCUGGCCAUGGUCGGAUCGAGUCUCGGCGGCACCACGAUCCCAUUGAUACUGAGGAGCACGCUUCCGAAAUAUGGCUAUGCUUGGUCCAUCCGGAUUUUGGGGUUCGUCUUCCUCGCUUGUCUCGUCGUUGCAAAUCUCCUGAUGAAGCCGCGACUGCCGCCGUCGCCCGAAGCUCGAAACAAACGGCUCUUGUCGCUUGGGCUUUUCGGCGAUCUGAAGUUCACUUUCCUCACCAUCACCGUGUUCGGCUUCGAGAUCGUCUUGUUCGGUGCGUUGGGGAUCCUUCCGACAUAUGCCAACUUUGGCACGGACUAUCCCGAAGACACCGGUUUCUACCUCAUCGCCGUCAUGAAUGGCGUAUCCUGCUUCGGCCGGAUCAUCCCAGGCUAUAUUUCGGAUAAAAUCGGCCGCUUCAACACCUUGAUGAUCAUGAUCGUCUUCACGUUGAUCAUCAUGCUCGUCUUGUGGCUCCCCUUCGGGCACACCAGCCUUGCAGCAUUAUAUGCUUUUACCGCCUUGUUUGGGUUCGGUACGGGUUCGUGGAUGGCGCUGACCCCCGCUUGCAUCGGUCAAUUGUGUGAGGCUGAUCAAUUUGGUCGGUACUAUGGAACGUUGUACUUCGUGGCUUCUCUUGCGACACUCAUUGGUGUGCCCAUUAGUGGAGAACUUGUCGAGGCGAUUUCGCCGCAGGUUUUGGUCGCGUUUAUGUGUGCUAUUCUGGGGUUGUCGCUGCUUACUUUCAUCCUAAGUCGCUGGGCUUGUCUUGCUUGGAAGUGGGACUGGAGAACAAAGGUCUAG